UGCAUUUGUGUUGUGAACUCGCAAUUGAAUUGCUCAACCCCUGAUUUGAUGCUAAAAGAAAGCUGAAGAAACAAAGAUCAGAAAACCCAGAAACAGAGAGAGAGAAUCAUUAACCAUUUUUUGUUUGUAUAGUAGAGCCAAAAAAAAAAAGAAUAAAAAGAAAAACAGAGGGCCUGAGAUUGCAAGUAAGAGGCAACCCCCGCCCUCCACCAUUUUAGAGCUUCUCCAUUCUUCUUUUGCAUCCGGGGGUUCCUCUAUUUCUAUUUUUGAAUUGUUUAUUUUUUAUUUUCUAUUUGCAUAUACGAAUUCUUUGAUUAAUAUAAUUGAGAGAGAAAGUAAGAAUUUGAGAUAAAGAAACGAAGGGGAAAAACAUGUCGAAGAAGAAGGCUUUCAGUGGCAACACUAUGACUUUAAAAGAUUUUCAUGGUGGUUCAAUCCCAACUGAUCUCCCUCUCCCUUCUGCCCCGGGCGUGAUUGUUAGGCCUUCCGAUCGUUCAGGUUAUGAUAGGGGAACAUCGUGGGGAAACCCCAUGGGCCGGCCAGAUCACCGUGCUCGGCCUAAUUCAUCUCCUGCAACUAGGCAUUUUGAUAAUAAAACCCCAUUUCUUACCAAUUCAGUUCAUAUUGGUCGAAAUUUCGAUGAGGAUGAAAGAACGCCGUUAGAUGGAGUUUCUGCCCCACGUAGAACCAUUAGUGAUGAGAGUUUUCGGGCUCCGGCUAGACAUCUGGAGCUGAAGCCAGAGUCUGCUUAUGCGGGUAGGGUUUCAGGCCGACACGGAUCAGCUCCUGUAUCUCCAUUGUCAAGUGGAAGGGGGCAUUCACACUCUGGUAGAGUGUCUGAAGCUGCUCGUGGUGGUUUGAGUUCUCAGACUUUGGGGUGGAACCACGGGCAGGCUGCUUCGGGACCAUACCCUAACGCAUGGACAUCUAGGAAGGAGAUGUCGUUUAGUGUUGCAGAGCCCGUACAGUCUGCAUGGUCUGAACAAAGUGCUGUCUCGAAGUUGGCUCAUGCUAGUGCUCUUGAAAAGGUUUCUUCGGGUCGAUGGCAGUCAAAGCAGUCCCUUCAAUAUCAGAAAGAUAUUGAUGUUAGUAAACAUUCAGAAGUAGAAAAUGGUUUGCACUCCCAGGGUUAUGAUGAUAAGAUGUACAGCAGAAUGAGCCUUGCGGGUGGAAGGGAGUAUUCUGAUGUGUCAUUGGCAAGGCAUGUGGAGAAGGGGUUGAAUAUUGAAGAUGGAAUUCAUGGUGGGAGAAAGGAGUUACCGGAAUAUGAAAGGAACCGUAAUCUUAAUUAUUUGGAAGUUAAAGAAAAUAAAUCAAUGUUACAUAGUGAAGCAGUUCGCUCAACUCAUUCUGAUGGCAAAUUUGGUGGUUAUGAGUUGCAGUCGUCGCCAUCAGCGCUGGCAGAAGCAUCUGAGCGACCCAAGUUGAAGUUAUUUCCUCGGAGCAAGCGAUUAGAUGGCCCCAAAUCACCUGUUGUUGAUCCUAAGCAGGGGCACCAGCAGCCAAGUGAAUUAAUGCUUACUCAUACUGAAAUUGGUAACCAUUCACAUGAACAUUUGCAUACUUCAAAACCUGGUUUAGCUGGUAGUGAGAGUCGGAAUCAGACAGUGGAUCGUCCUAAGCUCAAUUUAAAGCCACGUUCACAGCCCAUCGAACAAUUGGAAGGGAACAUUGAGAAGGAAAGAAAUUCAUUGUUUGGUGGUGCUCGCCCUCGAGAACUGGAUUGCCGGUCUGCUUCUCAGGUUCUAAAGGAAAGAGGAAUAGAUGAUAGAAAUCAUGAGCCAGUUCAACAUGUUGAUAGGGUCAAACAUAAUGUUACGAGGACUGAAAAAGCUGCUGACCAAGCAUCUCCUCGCCAUGGUGAAAGAGUCGAGAAUCCUCCUGUUGAUCAGAGAGGUGGAAGAAAAUCCGAGAGGAACCAUCGUGUUGACAAUGGAAGAGUUGACAUGCAGAGGAGCAAUUGGCGAAAUGAAAAUAGGCGGAAUGGCUGGGAAACUGAAAGACCGCAGCAAGCACCGCCAGUGAAGGAGAGGCAGCCUUCACCUGAGACUUGGCGUAAGCCUGUGGUGAAGACUAAUCCAGUAUCUGCUCAGGUGGCUGGUGUACGUUAUGGAAAAGUAACAUCAGCUCUGGAGCUUGCCCAAGCCUUUUCGAAAUCAUUCUCUGAUCAGAAAAAAGAUGACCAAUAUGGUGGGCAAAGGGGUACACCGGGCCGGACCCAGAUGCCAUUUUCUCGGUUGAUGGGUCCAACUCCAAGGCCUCAGAUAAAUGGCUACUAAUUUUGAGAGCAGAUGGUGUUACUGGUAAAUGGUUUUAUGCAGUCAUUGAUUAUAAAGAGUCAUGAGUGCAGGCAACUGGUUUUGUUUUUUGUUUUCUUUAUUUUAUUGUCAUUUUUUUUUUGAAAAAAAAGAAAGAAAAUUUUCAGGAGAACAAUUGGCAUACAAAAAUCAAUAGUUAUGUCUUGUUUCUUUAUGAAUUUUAAAUUUUUGUAACCAGUUUUUAUUCGAACA